CUUGUUUCUAUUCGCUGACAAAAGUGUCAGUACAUUAUCUCAUAGUUAGUGGCUUUCCGAAUAGUUAUUAUAGUAGAACAUACUAAAAGUGCACGGACUCUCUCGUAAUACCAGCGCCGGUCAAUAAAAUUUCUAUCAUCUAAGAGAAAUGUGCAUUUUUCAUUCCUUUGGCUCUUCCGUGAUGUUUCUUGCGAAACUAACUGCAGUGAUUGUUAUAAUAACAGCGUUCCUUUGGAGGGACACAUUUGAUCCAGAGUCCCUUAGGGGGGCCCGGGUGCUGGUGACAGGUUCUAGUACAGGCCUUGGGGAGCAGAUAGCCUACCACUAUGCCCGGUUUGGCGCCCAGGUCGUCGUCACGGCAAGAAGAGAGAGUGUCUUGCAGAAGGUUAGCCAGAAGUGUCUGGAGCUGGGAGCUCAGAGAGCGUUGUAUGUGUCGGGUGACAUGGCAGACGCUUCAGAUCCCGGCAGAGUGCUCAGAUUUGCUCUCGACCAGCUAGGGGGCCUUGAUUACCUUGUGCUGAACCACAUUGGACCCUCACCUUUCGCUAUGUGGGAUGGCGACGUAGAACAUGCCCGCUGGCUUAUGCAGGUGAACUUUCUCAGCUAUAUAGAGAUGGCUGCUAAGGCGAUGCCUUACUUGGAGGACAGCCGAGGAUCCAUCAUUGUUGUGUCUUCAUUAUUGGGGAAGAUGACCACUCCUUUCUCUGCGCCUUACUCUGCCACCAAGUCUGCACUGAACGGCUUCUUCGGCACGCUGCAGCACGAGCUGUCCAUGCAGAAGAGCAAUGUGUCCGUAACUAUCAGCAUCCUGGCUCUGAUUGACACAGAGUCUGCCAUGGAGAAGAUCAGAGGACACUCAAACGCGGUGCCUUUCCCUGCCACUGAAGCCGCCCUACACGUCAUCAAGGCUGGACAGGCACGUCAGCAGGAGUCCUUCUACCCAUUUUACACCUACUGUCUCUGCCUCAUCCGAGAUUGGUUCCCUUACUUCCGUGAUCUCGUCAUCCGGAGCUCCUUCUACUAGAAUCUGGGGGAUGAGGAUGCUUGAACCAGAGUGUGUGUUUGUUUGACUGGAUGUGGAACAGCUGUCAUUGAGGUUUGUGAAGACUGUGCUGGAACAAGGUAGACAGAGAGGAGAGAGUAUCCCCCCCC